GGAAGGAAGAUGGCGGCCACUGAUGGACUAGGGCUACCGCUGCGCUUUUACACCGACAAAAGGAGUUGAUGCUUUGUUUUAACAGCCGAUUUAAUGUUUUUAAAAGCAGCGACGGGUAAAUGCAAGACGGAGGCUUCGUCUCAGGCCGGAUAUUAGCAGACUGAAGGUUUGUUCCUGGACCCCCGUUUUCUGGCGUGGCCUGUCAACCUCCAGGUCGCACGGUCUUGACUCUUGCACCGCGUGCUUCCCUGGCCCAUGGACUUGACCCCAGGCUUCAAAAGGAGGCCCGCUGCCUCCUCUUCCCCAGGCGGAGUAGGAGAAGCCGCCGCCAGGAGCCCUCCUCCCUGCUCGCCCUCCUCGUCCCUGUCGUCCCCUUCGUCCGACCCGUCUUCGCCGUCGUCCACGUCCUCCUCCGCCUGCGCCAACUCGUCGGGUUAUCAAAACCAUGUGAAGGGCCAGAUGGAGGGGACGGCCAUGGCCAGGGUUUCUUCCACCUCCGCCUCUCAAGCUACGCAGUCUCUCUCGUCCAACGCCUCCUCUGCGGACUGCUUCGCUCAUGCUUCGAUGCAGCCGGGCGAUUGUCAAGACGAGGGCAGGAAAAGGGAGAUGUACAAUCCCUUCGAUCCGACCGACGGGGACAAGCAGGGGAUGGCGAAGGAGGAGGAGGAGGGACAGGGGGAGAAGUACGACCCUUUUGACCCCACUGGUUCCCCGGCAUCAGAUGUCGAUGACGACAUGAGUGAAAAAGUGGCGCAAAACGUUGAGAGGGAAGAUGACGAGGACAAAGAGGAGGAACCCCCAGAUUCCACCGACACUUUGACUGAACUGCCAAGUCCCCGUUUGGUCACCAAACUCCCUCUUCGGAGGAGAGUGGACUGUAGCUUCACCAAAGCUGGAGGGCGCAGGGAGAGCGGCGAUUCUGAUCACUCGGAGAUAGAGGAGGGGGAGAUCGUCGGAGCUGUUGAUAGAGACGGGAGCAUCAAGAGACCAGUUGAAGAAGUCCUCCCAUUGAGUUCUCCCACCAUCUCCUUCUACGGUACAAAGCCGGAGCGCAUCCUCCGGGUGCUGGACGGGGACGGCUUCGUGUCCGUGUGCACCGAGGGCCACUGGGACGUGGACCGGGAGCUCGAGGACGAGCCCGUCGUAGGCGUGGAAGAUCUGAGGAGGAAGCUGGUCAGCAGGAGGAAGGAAAGAUAUCGCUCCUUUCCCUCUUCUCCCCCUCUCUCUCCUCAGCUGCCGCCACCACCUCCCUCCCACCCUCCGCCUUCCACGACCUCUUCUCCUCUCACGCCUCCGGUGGAGCAGGACAGCAAGAGCCGCAAGUCGUCCAAGGGCUCCAAGGACCGAGAUCGACAGAAGAGCAAGGAUAGCAAGGUCGGAGAGAAGGAGGUUAGGAGAAAAAAGAAAAGGAAGGACAAAGAGGCGGGGCGGGAGAGGAGCAAAGAGAAGGAUAAAGGGCAAAAGGCAGUGAAAGAGGUGAAGGGGAGGAGGAGCAGUAGGAGUAGCAGUCGCAAGAGGAAGAAGAGGCGACAUGGCAGCCCGGGGGGCUCGCAAUCUUGCAACUCUUCAGGAAGAGGCGGUAACACUAGACACUCGUUUUCAAGCCUGUCGGAGGAAAGACACAGAGAAAAGGACCGGGACAAGGACAGAGACAGGGACAGGAUUAGGGAAAGAGAUAGAGAGAGGGAGAGAGAAAGAGGCAGGGGAAGGGACAGAGACAGAGAGAAAGAACAAAGUCGCACCAACAGCCACAGACGAGACGACAGAGAUCGAGACUCGAGCUCUAGAAAAAGGGAGAGGGACAGGAGUGGGAGGCGGCACUCGAGCAGCAGAGAGCGAGGUCUUUCGGCGAGGUCCAAGAGGAGCAGCGAAAAGAGGGGGGACGACAGAGACAGGCCGCACGAGAGGGAGCGGCGGCGGGACGGCCGCCCCGUCGUCCCGCCGUCCAUCCAGGACCUCAACGGGUCCGACCUCUUCGCCAUCAAGCGAACCAUCACAGUCACGACCACCACAACCACCACCACCGUACCCGGUUCCCCGAGACUCGCCCCGUCCUCCCCCUGCCGGCCGAUGCAGGACUCCGACAAGCCCCACAAGAGGAAGAAGAAGAGAAAAUGGCACUCGUCCGUGGAGGUGGAGGACCGCGGGAACUGUCACAGCCGCUCGCGUUCGCCUUCGCCGCCGAGGUACCACAGCUACGAGUCCGACCGCUACUCGGACAAGUUGGAGAUCGACGUCCUGUCGUUAGACGGCGAGGCUUUGGAUUCAGACUACCCCGGGCUAUCUUUGGAGGACUCGCCUCCCGCUGCUUUGCCUCCCGAGCCGCCUGCGUCCAGCCCUAAAAUCAAAGCCGCUCCUAAAACCGGUCAGCAUCGCCCAAAAAAGAAGUCUCGCACUUUAAAGAAAAUCGGCCAAUCCGAGUCCUCCUUCUCGACCAAUAGAACCAAAAACAAAUGCCUCUCUUCGCUCACGGUCACCUCGGGCUCCGCCUCCGUCUCCCCCGGCCUCCCUUCGGAGAAGCGAGCCAGGAAGAUAGGAAAGGACAAAGAGCGGGACAAGAGCAGCAGGAAGGAUUUGAACCGCUCCGGCAAAUCCAAGAAAGAAGGCGGCGGUAGUCGGAAAGGAAAGCUUCAGUCCAAAGUGUCUGUGCUGGUGCGUGAGGGCGUGAGCAGCACCACCGGGGCCUCGGUGGGCUCCGGGAAGCUGGGCAUGGACCUCCUCGGACCAGGGGGCGCGGGAGGCGGCUCCGGGGGCUCGGUGGUGGGCGGCUCGAUUGCGGUGGUCUUCUGCAGAGACAAUGAAAGCCGGUCGCCUUUCCUCAAACCUUGUUCAGAGCCGCUGUCGAUGGGAGGCCGCAGUAAAGAUUUGGCCGGCAUGGGAAAACGAAGCAGCCUCGCCGCGCCCCCGUCGUCCUUAACCGGUACCGCCGGACUGAAGUCCAAGAAAACGAAGCCCAGCUCCAUCACGUCCACCUCCUCCUCCGCCUCCUCUCCCUCGUCCUCGCUGGCGACCAAGCGGCGCCGCCGCGUGGUCAAGAAGACGAGGGAAAAGGCCGGAGGCGCGGGGCUGAACGCGGGCGACGGCGGCCAGACGAAAGCCCCGUCCGAAGGCUGGGGGGGAACCUCCUUAGACGUUCAGUCGGCCGUCGGAGACGGGGGCAAGUCGGUGAGUCCGCACGCCGGGCAGCCGGGCCCCGCGCCCUGCUCUUCGUCCUCCUCUUCCUCCUCCUCCUCCACCAGCGUCCUCCCGCCCUCCUCGUCUCCGCCGCACACGCCUCCCCCGUCCGCCGCCCCGUUGCGGGACACCAGGGAGUCUUCGCCCGACUCUCAGACCGUGGACAGCAGCUGCAAGACCCCAGAGCCUUCUUUCAUAGCGGAGGACUGUCCGUCUCAGACCAGCCCCGCUGUCCCGGCGUCCAGUCCGUCGAGCCUCUCCGCCCCCCAGGGCAACGCCUUGUCCACGCCCACCGCCAAGCCUCUACCUCCGGACGAGGCGCCGAAGUCUCUGGCCUCGCCCCCUUGCUUGCCCCUGUCGUCGGGCUGCGGCCUCACUUCCCUCUCUCUGCCUCUGUCUUCGUCCGACCCUUCCUCCUCUUCCUCCGUGUCGUCCUCGUCUGCAAGUAAGCCCCCCCCUCCUCCGCCCCCUCCGGCGGCACCUGCCCUCCCCUGGAGUCUGCAGACCGGGGUGGACUGCACAACUGGAGGAGUCCUAGCUUUGACUGCUCUGCUCUUCAAAAUGGAGGAGGCCAACAUCGCCAGCAGAGCAAAAGCACAAGAAUUCAUCCAAGCGACGAGCCAGAUCCUCUCGCAGGCCAAUCAGAGCCAGUCCCAGCAGCUCGCCCCCCCUUCCUCGGCCCCGUCGUCCUCACAGAUCCCCACGCCCCCCUCGUUGCCUCCGCCCCCCGGCGUGAGCCCGGCCCAGUUCAUCCUGCACGGCUCCCUGCCGUUGGUCGGCUGCACCAAAACCCCGCCUUCUCACCUGCACCCCUCCAUGGGGGGCGGGUGCGCGCAGACGCCGCCCCCCAUCGUGCCUGUGGGGCUGUCAGGAAUGACCGGGGGCUCUGGUGACGCCGGAUGGGACAACGAGAGCAAAGACCCGGACAAGUACCUGAAGAAGCUGCACACACAGGAGCGGGCGGUAGAGGAGGUGAAGCUCGCCAUCAAACCGUACUAUCAGCGCAAAGACAUCAACAAGGACGAAUACAAAGACAUCCUCAGGAAAGCCGUGCAUAAGAUCUGCCACAGCCGCACUGGAGAAAUCAACCCGGUCAAAGUCAGCAACCUCGUCAAGCUGUACGUCCAGCGCUACAAAUACUUCCGGAAACACGGACGCAAAAUGGACGAGGAAGAGCGGGACGACAGGGAGCAAGGGGCGCUGCAUUCCUCUGCCUGACGGGACACUCGCCGCCCCCCCCUCCGUUCAACAUCUGGGCCACUCGCUGAUUGUUUUUGAUAUUUUUAUUGUUUUCAUAGCCCUCCUUGUCUAUACUUUUAUCAUGCGGAAGUCUCUCCCCUCCGCCCGUCGCGUCUGUAACGUCACUGUAAAUAUGUCUCACAUAGAAAAUGUAUCAUGAAUACAAUGUUCAGGAAGUGUGUGAGCUAAUUGUCCAGUAUCCAACCCUGCAAUAAAUACUACCUUUGUGAAACUUUAAGCUUUUAGUUUUUGCUGACUGUAUCCAUUAGAGGUUUCGCAUUGGUGGUACUAAUUACAGGGCUAUUUUUUAUUUUUUAUUUUCAAUAGCGUUGAAUUAGACGGCCAUGCUAGUUUGUCUGCAUCACCAAUCAUUUAUAUCGGAGUCCGAGCCGAGGGCUGCGAUCUGCUCCGAACAACACUACAUACACUACCACGCCUCCCCGACUUCGUUGUGUCUUUGCGGUGCGGUGUGCAGGCCGCUCAGCUGAAUGACGGUUUUUCAAAGUGUGUCGACACUCGUUUAUUUUAUUCUGCUGUCUGUGUAUUGUGUGCAUGUGUUACUGAGGUGGAGAAAGUUACUAAAUCUCUUUAUAAUAUGACUAACAGAAUAUAAAUGUUGCUUGAAAACCA